GUGAAAGCACUCUCAUCCAUUUUAUCUUAGCUCAUAUUCAUCUCUACUCUUUGAAUUAGAGCCAAGUUCUGACGCCAAAAAUGGCUGAUGCACUCAUCUCCGUGCUUCUGGAGCAAUUGGCUUCAGUAGUAUAUAAACACACAAAUGCUGCGGUGAAACUGGUUUUGGAUGCUGAGAAAGACGUUAAAAGUUUCAGCAGCAAGCUCAAAGCUAUCCAGGCUGUGCUUGAGGACGCAGAGAAGAAACAAGUGACGGAGGCUAGCGUGGAAGAUUGGUUGAAGAAGCUGAAAGAUGUGUCGUACGAGAUGGACGACGUGCUAGAUGAGUGGAACACUGAACUUCUCAGACAGCAAGUGGAGGAGAAGCAAGAGGUGGAAGGAGAUAAUGCUCUUGUUACCAAGAAGAAGGUAUGUUUCCCCAUGCUCUCCGGUUGCUUUUGUUUUGGCCAAGUCAAUAAGGUCAUUCAUCAUCAUAACAUUGCUAAAAGGAUAAAUGAACUGAAUGAGAGGUUAACUUUAAUUGCUGCUGAGCGAGAAAUGUACGGCUUUCAUCAAUCCACAAUAGGUGGCCAUGAUGAUCAGCAGCUUAUUCAACGACAGAAGACUUCAUCUUUGGUCGAUAUAUCUAUGAUAUUUGGCCGAGAAGAAGAAAAAGAGAUGUUGUUGAGCAAGUUGUUGAGAGAGAGUAACCAAGAUGGGGGGAAGCUCCUUGUCAUCCCUAUUGUAGGGAUGGGAGGGAUGGGGAAAACAACUCUUGCCCAGUUAGCCUAUAACAAUGAAAAGGUUACAGCCCAUUUUGAUAAGAAAGUAUGGGUUUGUGUCUCAGAACCUUUUGAUGAGAUCAAGAUUGCUAAAGCGAUCAUUGAAAGUCUCGUAGGAACACCAAAUAGUUCAAAUGAGUUGGAAACUUUAUUGCAAUGUAUCAAGACUCAUAUCAAGAAUAAGAAGUUACUUCUUGUUCUAGAUGAUGUGUGGACCGAAGACGAAACAAAGUGGGAAAAUUUGAAACUACCAAUAAUAAUGCAAAGUUGUGAAGAAGGAAGUUCAAUACUGGUGACCACGCGAAAACAAGAGGUUGCUAAAAUUAUGAGAGCAACCAACAACAUGAUCCAUUUAGAUGAGUUGAAUUAUAAGGAUUGUUUGGCUUUGUUCAAUAGCAUCGCGUUUUUGGAUAGGGAAGAAGAUGAGGUUGGUGAGUUGGGAGAUAUUGGUAAGAAAAUUCUGAAACGGUGUAAAGGUCUGCCUCUUGCUGUAAAGACUUUAGGUAGUCUAUUGUGGUAUAAGAAAACAAGAAAGGAAUGGGAGGAUGUUCUGAAGAGUGAGAUAUGGGAAUUAGAAAAAGUUGAGCAAAAUGUUUUCCGACCACUAUUAUUAAGUUAUUAUGAUUUGGCCCCUGCUGUCAAAAUGUGUCUUUUGUAUUGUGCUAUAUUUCCCAAAGAUUAUGAGUUAAGAAAAGAUAAUUUAAUUGAGCUUUGGAUAUCACAAGAUUAUCUUAGUUCAAAGGGACAAAAAGAAACGAGAAGAAUAGGUCAAUAUUAUUUUGAAAGUCUAGCAAUGCGGUCUUUCUUUCAAGAUUUUAGAAAAGAUGAGAUGGGAAAUGUUUAUGGGUGCAAAAUGCAUGAUAUUGUGCAUGACUUUUUACAAUUUCUUACCCAAAAUGAAUGCGUUAUUAUAGAAGCGGUCGAGGGUGCUAAUCAAAGGAUGGAGCUACCCGGUGAUAAGGUUCGUCAUUUGACCUUAGAAAAUGUAGUCGAAGGUCCACUUCCUGCUUUGUGUUACGGAUGUAAAAAUAUGCGUAGCCUUAUACUCCUUAAUUCAAGUAUUACAACCAUACUUGGUGAAUUAAUUAUGCAAAUGAAAUGCCUCAGGACAUUGAAUUUGAGUGGUAACAAGCUCAAUAAAGUUCCAAAAGAGAUUGGUGAAUGUUGA